GACUAGCGCUCGUUUCGGCCUCCCAACAUCCAAAGCUAAAGAAAGAGUACGCCCAUCGAUUAUUGUCCGGUCGCAUUCUCAUUCACCAUUCCUCUCUUUCUUUCCCUUCGCUCUCCCCCUUGUCCGCGCCGGGAAUGUUGUCGAGAUCUUGCCUGAGAGGCUUUGGCCUGCAGUCGCUGCCAAAGAGACAAGCUUACCAGCUUGCUCGCAGGACUGUCACAACUGAUGCUGCAAGCUCUCACGCCGAGAAGGAAGACGUGCCGGAUAAAGAUGAUGAGCCCUUCCAAGUCAAGCUCUCCGAGGAGAGUUUCGAAACCUACAACCUCGAUCCUCCUCCGUACAUCCUGAAUACGACGAAGAAGGAGCUGAAGCAGAUGUACAAAGACAUGGUCUCUAUCCGACGAAUGGAAAUGGCUGCGGAUCGCUUAUACAAGGAGAAGAAAAUUCGAGGUUUCUGCCAUCUCUCCACCGGUCAAGAAGCUGUGGCCGUGGGCAUUGAACACGCCAUCACCAAACAUGACGCCAUUAUCACCGCUUAUCGUUGCCAUGGUUUUGCUCUCAUGCGAGGGGGUACAGUCAAAUCCAUAAUUGGUGAACUGCUUGGUCGUCGCGAGGGUAUCGCUUACGGCAAAGGUGGAUCCAUGCAUAUGUUCGCUCCCAACUUCUAUGGCGGCAACGGUAUUGUCGGAGCACAGGUGCCUGUCGGUGCCGGCAUUGCUUUCGCGCACCAAUACACUGACAGCAAGACCGCGACCUUGGCUCUGUACGGUGAUGGUGCUUCCAACCAAGGGCAGGUCUUCGAGGCUUUCAACAUGGCCAAGCUGUGGAACCUGCCAAUCAUUUUUAGCUGCGAAAACAACAAGUAUGGUAUGGGAACAUCAGCUGCUCGAUCAUCUGCCACGACCGAAUACUACAAGCGAGGUCAAUACAUCCCUGGAUUGAAGAUCAAUGCUAUGGAUGUCCUGGCCGUUAAGGCUGCCGUGCAAUACGGUAAGGAGUACACUGGCGAAGACAAGGGUCCAUUGGUCUUCGAAUAUGUCACCUACCGAUACGGUGGUCAUUCCAUGUCGGACCCUGGCACCACCUACCGAACCAGAGAAGAGAUUCAACGGAUGAGGUCUACCAACGAUCCAAUUGCAGGACUCAAGCAGAAGAUCCUGGACUGGGGUGUGUGCACGGAGGAUGAGCUCAAGCAGAUCGAUAAGAAGGCCAGGGAAGAUGUUGAUAGCGAAGUGGCUGAGGCGGAGAAGAUGCCGAUUCCCGAUGCAGUGCCAAAGAUCCUCUUCGAGGAUAUCUACGUUCGAGGAACCGAGCCGAAGUAUCUUCGUGGCCGGACGCCUGAUGAGACGUACUACUAUUGAUUAUGACUUUUCGGGUAUCUGAGCGCUGGGGAAAAGCAGGUUCGGAACUGUGUAUAUUUAGCAAUUCCUAGUUUAUUGCGGGAGCAUAGUUGCGGACUUGAGGCAUGAUUCAGUAUCCUCUGCAUUGUCGAAGCUGAGCAGAGAUCAUCUUCAAAGGACAUCGUCCCCGUGCAAAGCACAUGGCUGUACGAGUGCCGCC